GGGAGGAGCUGAACUUUCACACCGGGAAGUUUACGUUCACAUGUGGACGGUGUGUGUGUGUGUGUUUAACACACAUCUAAUAACACAUCAAGCAUCAUGUCAUCAAGCAAAGGGAAAGGCAAAGGGAAAAAGAGACUGAGUGAAGCAGAAGGAGACAGAUCCGCGUUAGUCUGUGAUGAACCGGAUUGUAGCGUCUCGAGCGGCGGAUUCACGGUCACAGACUCCGCAGAGAGAGCUGAAGAUAAAGCCCCUCAGCGCUGGCGUUCAUAUUUGGCUCAGAUGAGUGUGAACACCAUGAAGACUCUGAACAUCUGCAUCGGACGUCCGGUCCUGAUAUCCAGCAGCGUGGGACAGCAGCAGGUGUGUGUGGCGUGGCCAGUAUCUCAGUUUCCGGGCAGACGUGUAGGUCUUCAGUCCAGCGCUCAGUCCGCUCUGAGAGUGACGUCUGGAUCUCGGGUCACAGUGCAGCCCAUCACUGGAGCCCUUCUACAGGCCGAGCACCUGCGGCUGACGCUCAGGCCUGAAGACAAAGCGCUGAAUACAGAAGAGUUCAGGAAUUAUCUCCUGCGGACGCUGGACGGCCGGGUUCUGCUGCCGGGUGGCUCUGUGUGCGUCUCGUAUUUCGGGCGUCAGUGUGUUCUGGCUGUGGAUUCGGUGACGGGUGUCGAUGGAGAGACUCUGAGACGCUCAGACGGAGUCGCUGUCGAUCUCUCCUCACAGCUGGAGCAGCUGUCCAUCCAGCAGAGGUCACCUGACCCAUCACAUGACCCCUCACCUCUGACCCCUGACCCAUCGCAUGACCCCUCACCUCUGACCCCUGACCGAUCGCAUGACCCCUCACCUCUGACCCCUGACCGAUCGCAUGACCCCUCACCUCUGACCCCUGACCCAUCACAUGACCCCUCACCUUUGACCCCUGUCUCUACACCCUGUAAACUGAGUGACCCGGUUCUCAGCCCGUCCGAGGCGUCGGAUCGGUCCGGACGCUCAUCCACAGAUACCUUCUACGCCGUCUGCAGCUCCUCCACACUGAGCGUGUGUGACCCCGGCGAGCAGGACGAGGCCGAGGAGGGGGGUGAGGGGUCAAAGGUCACGUACAGUAUGAUCGGCGGCCUCGGCGGUCAGCUGCAGGUCAUCAGGGAGACCAUCGAGCUGCCGCUCAAACACCCGGAGCUCUUCAGAAACUAUGGAAUCCCGCCUCCUCGCGGGCUGCUGCUGUAUGGGCCGCCUGGCACAGGGAAGACCAUGAUUGGACGAGCCGUAGCCAAUGAAGUGGGAGCUCACAUGAGUGUCAUCAACGGCCCCGAGAUCAUGAGCAAGUUUUAUGGAGAAACUGAAGGUAGAUUGAGGCAGAUUUUCUCACAGGCCUCACAGAGGCAGCCUGCCAUCAUCUUCAUCGAUGAGUUGGACGCUCUGUGUCCCAGGAGAGAAGGAGCUCAGAAUGAAGUGGAGAAGCGGCUCGUGGCCACUCUGCUGACGCUCAUGGACGGGAUCGGAUCUGAGGGUCACAGCGGGCAGCUGCUGGUUCUGGGAGCCACUAAUCGUCCUCAUGCUCUGGAUCCGGCGCUGCGGCGGCCCGGGCGCUUCGAUAAGGAGCUGGAGAUCGGCGUUCCCGGCGCAGACGGGCGGAUGGAUAUCCUGCAGAAGCAGCUGCGCUCCAUGCCGUGUGACGUCUCCGCCGCAGAGCUCCGGGAACUAGCCGACGCGGCGCAUGGAUACGUGGGAGCCGACCUCGCCGCCGUCUGCAAGGAAGCUGGUCUUCACGCGCUGAGGAGGGUUUUAGGAUCCAAGCCUGUUCUCUCUGAUGUCCAGGUGAUGAACAGUGUAAAGGUCACGACCUCUGACCUGAGACUGGCCAUGACAGAGGUCAAACCAAGCGCGAUGAGAGAGGUGGCCAUCGACGUGCCAAAGGUUCGGUGGAGUGACAUCGGUGGGAUGGAGGAGGUGAAGCUGGCGCUGAAGCAGGCGGUCGAAUGGCCCCUGCGGCACCCCGAGGCCUUCAGCAGGUUGGGUAUAACGCCACCUAAAGGUGUCCUGCUGUACGGACCGCCGGGAUGCUCCAAAACCAUGAUCGCUAAAGCGCUAGCCAACGAGAGCCAGCUCAACUUUCUGUCCAUCAAGGUACAUAUCAGUUGUGGGAGAAUGAGUUCUGGUCACGCGGGAGGCGUCGCUGAUCGAGUGUUAGCUCAGCUGCUGACAGAGAUGGAUGGAAUCGAACAGCUAAAAGACGUCACGGUUCUUGCUGCAACCAACCGACCUGAUAUGAUUGACAAGGCUCUGAUGCGUCCGGGGCGUCUGGACCGCAUCAUAUUCGUCCCGCUGCCGGAUGCAGACACUCGCAGGGAGAUCUUCACGCUGCAGCUCCGGAGCAUGCCCAUCCAUCCCAGCGUGCACCUGGGGGACCUGGUGACCCGGACGGAGCGCUACUCGGGGGCAGAGAUCACAGCCGUGUGCAGAGAAGCGGCUCUACAGGCGCUGCAGGAGGACAUCACAGCCCAACACGUGAGCACCGGACACUUCGACAGCGCUCUGAACACCGUCAGACCCCGAAUCCCUCAGACGCUCCUGCAGACAUACACCAACUACCAGCAGAAGCACGGAGGAUCACGCGUCUGACAGCAGCCAGCAGAGACACAGCCUUCAUAUGAUACUGUACACAUAAACAAUAAAGACACGU